GCCUUACCGUCCUCGCCCAGGAGGGCCCCGGCUUUCAUUUGGAGGUUGGCUGCAGAGGCUGAGCCGAGAUGCCCCGCCAGUUCCCCAAACUGAACAUCUCCGAGGUCGAUGAGCAGGUUCGCCUGCUGGCAGAGAAGGUGCUCGCCAAGGUGCUCCGGGAAGAAGACAGCAAAGAUGCCCUGUCGCUGUUCACGGUGCCCGAGGACUGUCCCAUUGGGCAAAAAGAGGCCAAGGAACGGGAGUUGCAGAAGGAGCUGGCGGAGCAGAAGUCCGCGGAGACAGCCAAAAGGAAGAAAAGUUUCAAGAUGAUUCGGUCCCAGUCAUUGUCCCUGCAGAUCCCGAGCCAGCAAGACUGGAAGCAGGAUUGGAAGGGAACCUCGUCCAUCAGUCCGACUGCCUCUCCCGCCACUCCGGUCUUGGCCGGAGCCACCUGCCUGGUUGCAUCCGUGCCGUUUGCCAUGCCAGAGUUUCAGCGGGUCACAAUUAGUGGCGAUUACUGUGCUGGGAUUACCGUGGACGAUUACGAACAGGCUGCUAAAAGCCUCGCAAAAGCCCUCCUGAUCCGAGAGAAGUAUUCAAGGCUCGCAUACCAUCGUUUCCCGAGAACCACAGCUCAGUACUUGUGUAACGGGCAAGAAGAACAGUGGAAAAAUGCAAGUGAAGUACAUCCAGAGUUCCACCCGCCUCCGCAACCCCAAGAAGAUCCUUACUGCCUGCAAGACUCUCAUAAGAACCUAGGCUACGUGGUCAAGAUGCACGAGGGGCUUCUCUUUGUUUAUGACAACAAGGAAAUGCUGACACGCCACGAGCCUCGCAGCCUGCCUUACCCGGACCUGGAGACCUACACACUGGACCUCAGCCACAUCCUUGCCCUCAUCACCGACGGGCCAACGAAAACCUACUGUCACCGAAGACUUAACUUUUUGGAGUCGAAGUUCAGCCUCCAUGAGAUGCUAAAUGAAAUGUCCGAGUUCAAAGAAUUGAAGAGCAACCCCCACCGAGACUUCUAUAACGUGAGAAAGGUGGACACCCACAUCCACGCGGCAGCCUGCAUGAACCAGAAGCAUCUUCUGCGGUUCAUCAAGCACACCUACCAGACGGAGCCACAGAGGAUCGUCGCCGAGAAGAAGGGCAAGAAGGUCACGCUGAAGCAGGUGUUCGACGGCCUCCACAUGGACCCCUACGACCUCACCGUGGACUCCUUGGACGUCCAUGCUGGUCGACAGACAUUCCACCGCUUUGACAAAUUCAACUCCAAAUACAACCCGGUCGGGGCCAGUGAGCUGAGGGACCUGUACUUGAAAACCGAAAACUACUUGGGAGGGGAGUACUUUGCCCGGAUGGUCAAGGAGGUAGCCCGCGAGCUGGAAGAGAGCAAGUACCAGUACACGGAGCCUCGACUCUCCAUCUAUGGACGCUCCCCGGAAGAGUGGUCCAACUUGGCCAAGUGGUUCAUUAAGCACAAGGUGUACUCCCCCAACAUGCGCUGGAUUAUCCAAGUCCCCAGAAUCUACGACAUAUUUAGGUCGAAAAAGUUGCUGCCGAAUUUUGGGAAGAUGUUGGAGAACAUCUUUCUGCCUCUUUUUGAGGCAACAAUCAACCCAGAAGAUCACAGAGAGCUUCACCUUUUCCUCAAAUACGUGACCGGCUUCGACAGCGUGGACGACGAAUCCAAACACAGUGACCACAUGUUCUCCGACAAGAGCCCGAACCCAGACGUCUGGACCAGCGAACAGAACCCUCCCUACAGCUACUACCUGUAUUACAUGUACGCCAACAUCAUGGUGCUCAACAACCUCAGAAAGGAGAGAGGAAUGAGCACCUUCCUCUUCCGGCCUCACUGUGGGGAAGCGGGCUCCAUCACUCACCUGGUGUCGGCCUUCCUCACAGCGGACAACAUUUCUCACGGGCUGCUCCUCAAAAAGAGCCCAGUUCUGCAGUACCUCUAUUACCUCGCCCAGAUCCCCAUCGCCAUGUCUCCUCUCAGCAACAACAGCCUGUUCUUGGAAUAUUCCAAAAACCCUCUGCGGGAAUUUCUCCACAAGGGACUGCACGUGUCCCUCUCCACGGACGACCCCAUGCAGUUUCAUUACACCAAGGAAGCCCUCAUGGAGGAAUACGCCAUAGCAGCGCAGGUGUGGAAACUCAGCACUUGCGACCUCUGUGAAAUUGCCCGAAACAGUGUGCUCCAGAGCGGACUCUCCCAUAAGGAGAAGCAGAAGUUCUUGGGGCUGAAUUACUACAAAGAAGGACCAGAGGGAAACAAUAUCCGAAAGACCAACGUCGCUCAGAUCCGCAUGGCUUUCCGAUACGAGACCUUAUGCAACGAGCUCAGCUUCCUGUCGGAUGCGAUGAAAUCCGAAGAGAUUACGGCUCUGUUGAAAUAGGCGCCGCGGCCGGGGUGGCCCUCUCGCUCCUGAAUGCCAAUUUGGACGGGUCUGUUCGGUUCCACCGAGUCGCCGGGGGCAGACGGCGGCCAGGACGUGACUGCUUUGAAGGGAACAGAAACUCGUCCUUGCAAAGAGGAGAUGGCCCCAUCUGGGGGCCCCUUCCCCCCCGUCCCCCUCGGCCCGUGGGCCACGGUCCCCUGAGGUCUGGCUACCAAAUCAGGCCCCGGUUGGGGUUGGGAAAGCCACCCGGGGCUCGGUAGCUCCGAUCUCGGGUGUGGCUCCAUCCCGCUUGUCCCUCCCGGUGUCCUUGUGACCACCGAGGUACCUUGUGGGGCUACUAACAGUUGGCCCUGGACUCCUUGACUCUCCGGGGAGACUGGCGGUAACGAUGGUGCUCACCGGGCUCCAGCCCACCUCUUCCACCGGUCACCAUACCGAUCAUACUGUGCGCCCACUGUGUGCAGAGCACUGUACUAGGCGCUCGGGAGAGUACGACAAAACGGAGUCCGCACACCCCCUGCCCACAACGAUCCCUUCCUUGACAGGGCGAGAGAGUCCCCAGCCGUGGGCUUUGGCUCAAUCCUAGAAGCAUUUGGGGGUUUUGUAAUCGGCUAAGAUUUAGCAUCCGGCGAAUUGGGUUUAUUUUGGAAGAGAAACUGCCGUGGCGCACCCGACCAGAACUAUAUUUUUUUGUCCAAUACCUGUAUAAAUUUUCAGGGUUUCUAGAGAGCUCAGCCUUUAUCUGUGAAAAACCAAAGUCUCUGCCUUCCAUUAGUGUAGGUCUCCCCACGCCUUCUUCCUCUGGGAUUCGUUUUAGAGGCUUCUGGAUACGGAUAUGCAGAGGGCCCUGAAUAGGGUAGAUUUAUAGAGACAUAUUCAAAUGCUGGGAUAAGCCAUUUUGGAUUACUGUAAAGCCUACAAAGCCUAUUUUGGGGUACGAAGCCAGUAGCUAGAAUUUAGCUCUUCCUAUCUUGUGAUUUCAGCCACUCCCUGUCAGCCCAGGGCCCUAGAAAUUCAGUGCUCAGAUCCCCAAGGCAGAAGGGAGACAGUUUUACACAUUUGGGGAGGCACUGUUUUCUUAUCAAAGCCCCUCAGACUUGCAUACAUUUGCACUAACGUCGAUUCAGUGUACAAUGGGUCACUUUAAGUAUCCGGCCAAGCACACUCGCUUUUUUUAAAGAAUUAAAAACAUUCUGCGAUUCUGUUUUGGGGGAAACAAUUGUUCUGUUUCAGGAGUUGGGCCCAUCUCUCCCCUUGUCAGUCCUCCUGGGAGAGCCGGAGGUGCCUUGGGAGAAGGAGCCCUUCUCUUGGUGGUAAUAAUAAUAAUAAUGAUGGUAUAGCCUUCUCUUGGU